UCACCACCGCCACGGAGCCGAUCAGCCAACUCUCCCAUCACGGCUCCUCGCAUAUCCCAUCACACACACACACACACACACACAUACGCGCAGACACACGCGCACCGGGCUCACAACCACCCUUUGCGCGCCCCUCCCACCGCCGACCUCCGCCUCAUGGGUCUAUUGCUGCGGGCUUGUGGCCCGUAACCCUCCGGCGUCGUCCCGGCGUUCCCCUGGUGUCCCUUGAAGCCACAGGGCGCUACACUGCCCCGGACAGUACACAUUGCAUCGGGGGUUUGAGCAAGUUAGCGGAUAUCCACGAUUCCCUCCUAGCGUCACGGUGCAACAAUGCCCGAAUGCUGAGUUGGUCUGACCCAUCGCCUGGCUCUCUGGUGUUAGUGGCUGUGGCGACGGUGAUGGUGGUGAUGGUUGCUGCCUAUGCGUCUGGUGUCACUGUCGCCUUCAGCAGCAGCAAGCCGGGCGUUGCCGGGGCAGGUGACACGCCCAUCCUCAUUUUUUGCUGCAACGCUGGAAAUGCAGUAAAAUCUAGGUCCCAAGGGCCAUCGAUGCGUUGAGUAGCCAAUUCUUUGCCCUACCUUCCGGCCACAGCCUCCGCGAGUAAGUUGCACAAGGCG